AUGGCCGACCCGACUCGGAACCUCGAGUCCAUUCUGGCUGCCCUAGGUAAGCCCAUCCGUGAUUCGGCUGCGAGCCCGCGAUCACCACUGACCAGUUCCUCAGCCGCCCAGAAAGCGCCAACCUCGACGCCCCCCCAGGGACAGCCAGGUCUACCACCUCCCCCAGCUGGCGGCGCAGGCUACCCGCUGCCCCAAGCACCGUACCAAGCACAACCCCCAAGCGCUCCCGGCUACGGCGCGCCACCUCCGGCAUACUCCUACCCCCAGCCUACCUCCAGCGGGAACCUCGACCUGAGCUCCGUCCAGCCCACCCAGUCGGGCUCCGUCAGCAUCGACGAGGCCAUCGCCCGCGCCAAGGCACAUGCGGCUCGCAACGGCGUCACGCCCUACGAGCGACCCGCCAACUACAACCCGCCACCACGCGAUGGCGAGCGCUACCGUGGUUCGCGCUCUCGCUCGCCCCCCGCGCGCCGUGACGCCUUCCGCGACAACCACAAUCCCUAUAGAGAUGAGCGUCGUGAGGACCGCGGUGGAUAUGGACGUGACCGUUCUUUCUCCCCCCGUGGCCAUGACCGGAAUUCGGGAGCCUUUUCCCCUCGUGGCGGACAUGCUUCUGGCCGUGACGGUGGUGACGAUAACUCUGAGGUCAUUGAGGUGGAGGCCAGCCUGGUCGGCUUGAUCAUCGGACGCCAGGGUGAGAAUCUCCGUCGCGUAGAGGGCGACAGCCAGUGCCGCGUUCAGUUCCUGCCCGCCAGCUCCCCCAGUGCCGAUCAGCGCCAAUGUAAGAUCACCGGCCCUCGUGCUCGCCGAGCCGAGGCCAAGGCGGCCAUCAACCGCAUCAUCGAGGACAGCGGCAUGGGAGCCAUUGCUAGAGCCGGACUUGACCGUGGAGGACGUGAUGCCGGCCGCGGUGCAGGCCCGUCCGGUGCUAACACCCAGCCUCCUCUUAAGGAGGGAGAGGACUGCCUGCAGAUCAUGGUCCCCGAUAGAACAGUGGGCCUCAUCAUUGGCCGCGGUGGAGAGACUAUCCGUGAUCUUCAAGAGCGGAGCGGAUGCCACGUGAACAUCGUUGGUGAGUCCAAGAGCGUCAACGGACUGCGCCCUGUCAACUUGAUUGGCCCCCGUCAGGCUGCCAUUGUAGCCAAGGACUUGAUCAUGGAAAUUGUCGACAGCGACAGCAGAAACACCAACGCCGGCGGAAGCGGCCCCCCUCGCAACGCCCGCAACGCCCAUGAUGGUGGUGCAGGUGGCCACGGUAGCCACGGUGGUCAUGACAAGAUCAACGACUCCAUCUAUGUUCCCUCCGAGGCAGUCGGUAUGAUCAUCGGCAAGGGAGGCGAGACCAUCCGUGAGAUGCAGAGCUCCACGGGCUGCAAGAUCAAUGUCUCCCAGCCUUCUGGACCCAACGAGACGGAGCGAGAGAUUGGCCUCGUCGGCACCCGCGAGGCCAUCAGCCUGGCGAAGCAGGCCAUCGAGGACAAGGUCGACGCAGUUCGACAGAAGGGCAGCCACCCGGGAGGAGGCCGCGGCCGACCCCCUCGCGACUACGACAACCCCAGCUACGGCCAGCCUAGCCACCAGGCACCGAGCCAGGCUCCCGCCGCUCAGCCACCUGCUGGUGGUUCCGGAGACGGCGCUGACCCAUAUGCAGCUUAUGGCGGCUAUCAAGCCUACCUGGCCCUCUGGUAUGCUUAUGCCCAACAGCAACAAGCUCAGGGCGGUGAUGCCGGCAAGCCUCCCGGAACCGCGUGA